AUGCCUCACGUACUGGCGUUUAGCCUCCUCCUCCUCCUCCUGGCUUCGUCCCUGACGAGGGCUCAGGAGGCAACUCCUUCGGACCUGCCUCCUGAAUUGGUUGAACUGGUAGGCAUAACCAAAAUUGCGCCUCAAUUAAUUUCUGCAUUUGCCUUCUAUAGGACUCACCUCAGAGAAAAGUGAGCUUCUUCUCCUUUGCAACAGACGGUAGUGCUGGUCCGCAUGUCGUGCUGAAUAGGAAAAUGUUCAUGUACAAUGAUGCAAUCUACUCGAAUUGGACAGACUGGCAGAACUGUUCCAAGUACACUUGUAAGGAGUAUCGAUACCGCCAGUGUCUGAACGACUCCCACAAGGAACCCAUCGGCGACUACCGCAAACGUGAUAUUUGCAUCUUUAAGUUCAUUGCAGAGGAACGUCCCUGCGCGAAUCGGUCUGAAUGUAUUGAAUCAAGUAAGAUUUCUGAGUCUGUUAGGUUUUGAGCGAAAUUCCAUCAGUUUCUCUCCCUAUUUUAACGCACAGAUUAAUUUAUCGGUUCUCAAUGAAAUGAUUAUAAGACAUGAAUUUCCUUAGAAAACUAAGUGUAUGGCAAUGCUGCCCAGAACUAUCUGAAACCCACACCACUCAUGACGGAAACAUUAAUUUUAAACUUUUAGAAGAUUAUGUGUGAUUGUUUAUAAGUCACGUCCCAGAGUUUAAUGGAGUCGCAUUUGCAGAAGUUAAUCUUUUCAUUCAUAAGUGAUUUUUUUAGAAAAGGCAGAAUAAACACGUAACAAAGUUAUUCAGGCUACUAUAGGAAUGAAAAAUGCGAAUUUUCUUUAAAAACUAAAAUUUUCCUUUACUAUAACACCCUUAACUCAGCCAAGAUUAAAUCAUUUUCAGCCCUUCUGUCUCCCUCAAUGGUAGCAUUUAUCUAACGUCUCUUUUGAUUCGCCCAAUGAAUUUGAAACAUAAACUUCCUUUAACCUCGAUGACCAAGUUUCCCUCGAGAGAUGAAUAAGCAGGACCGAAAAAAAAUUCAUCAAAGAACCAGUGUAGGGGUCACCUGUUUGCACGUUUACAUGCGCAAGACAUACUUUUAUUUAGUACUGUCUGGAGAUUUCAGUUAAGUUCACUUCCUACAUCCAGUUUGAAAGCAGCAGAUGAAAAAUGAGGAGUCAUAUGGGCUUUUAAUUAUGUUUACUGACAGGGCUGAUUCAUCUAGGUCUAGUGAAAUAUGGAAGGAAAAUCUGAACCAUCUAAAGGUAAGCAUUAAAAAGUGUUCUGUGAUGGUGAGUAGUACAAAACACGUCCAGCUGCCCUGAGAGCCGACGAUUCCGCACUAUAACUAACUGCAAGUGGACCGCUCAAUUCCAUUUAAGAUAUUUCUGACAUUAUAAUUUUUUUAUCCCAGAGAAUAUCCAGCUACUAACUUCUGAUCACCAGCAAAUUCACUCUUGUUUUUCAGCAAAACAGAUGUUAGUGUCCCUAUUUAAAUUCAAGCGUCAGAACACAGGCGAAGAGGGGAUUAGUCUAGAAAAAAAUCGCAUGCAUAAACGACAGUGAGGUCCCAAAGCAUAUUUAUCAUAGCGCAAAAGGCAAAAAGGCAUGUAAAUAUUUUUGAACUCAAAACGUUCCUACAUCUUCUAACGAACAGGAACCCGGAGACAACAGGUGAAUGCUGGGCUUCAGCUAAUCUUUCGGAAAACUGCGAGAAAUUCCUGCCCUCUAAACUACCACUUAUCACUCCGUCAGAUUUCCUUUAUGCUUCAACUUUCUGUGGCAUUUUGAUUCCCAGUAGUAAUUUUCUCGCAAACCGGUAUUUUAAGGGGGUGUCCUGCCCAAGAGUGGGGUUUCUCAGCAGGUUAUGCAAAGAUUUUGUAUAUGGAAAUUUCAGCACGAAUUUUUCCUUAACAAAUGAAACCAGUCUUGCGACAAAUGAUCCAAGUCCCUAAUGGGGACGCAAGACAUAGCAAUGACGUCAUAUGACGUUGUACGCAACCGCGCAUCUGACUGAAUGCCGGCAUUGUACAGGUCUCAAAACCCUUUCCAAUGGAAACCGAUAAUCUAACAGUAAGCCGGAUGCAAGUUGCGCCCAGAAAGGAUCGAGUAAUAAAGAAGAGUUUUUUUCUGAGCACUUAGGGUGAAGCCCUAAUUACACACACCUUAUCCUGACCAGUCUCAAAAAUGGAUAUUUCCUGGAAGUAACAGGGAAUCUCAAUAAACAUGGCAGACUUCUGUGGCUGGCGGGCCUAUGUGCUUGUCCAGAAUCAGGCGUUUACAAGUUAUACCGCUGAUGCAAAGUCGGCAUUCUAAGCGAACCAAUCAUGAAGUUCUGCCGAUGCAACAAAGAAAAUGCUGAACAGUCCAUCCCUGCUCGCCUGCAACUUUUUAUUCCGAGAGUGGAAGGUGCCCUAAUCUGAACCUGUUUUAGAAGCUGAUCGUCAGAGCCAUAUUGGGGGAACGCUGAGUAGUCAGUUAGGACAUGGCGCAGAACAGAGCGGCGACGCUUAAAUUGCACGUUUUGGGUUUUCCUCGAGCUUUUUAUACAAGAUUUUUCUUCUCUUCCACGCCCCACAACAGGAGGACCCUCACCAAUUCUACUAAAUCUCUCACAAACAUGCGGUAUUCGUCCACCUGCCAAGCCAACCGAGCUGAAAAUAAUGGGAGGUCGCCCGGCAAAACCGAACAGCUGGCCCUGGCAUGUGAGUACACGUUUUAUGUAUGCAGAUAUGUUCAGUUUUUAUUAGACUCCUGCCUGAAUCGUUUAGACUUUACCAGUAAGAGGUGGAAUAUUUGACUUAGGGAGUACCCUGAUGCAUCCUUCAUGAAGUUAUUACAGUAAUUUUUGCGUAGAAUUCAACAUGUCCGCAUUCAGAGCAGUGAGCGCCUCAGUGGACUCCUGUGAAAAUUUCAGCGUCAAGGGCAACGGUAUAGAGUAGGACCCCACGGAACUGUCAGUAGAUUGUGGAUCGUGCCAUACGCGAUUUAUGGCAAAGGGAGUUUUAUGGGUGGGCAGCACGCUAGGCAGUAAGCCGACAAGACAAAAAAACAUAGAAACUGCCUGCAUUUAUGCCGAAAGUCUUAUCCUACACUAUUGUACGACAAUGGCAAUUAGAAUAGUAAUUAAACAAUAAGCAAAAUUAAAUUUUACAAAAUAACGAAUUUUAAGUUAAGCUGUGGCGUCGAGGUAAGUAAUCGUAGCUGGCAGUAUAAUUUCUGCAACAGCGUUCAAAUGUAUGCUAGAAUAAAACCCCAUAUGGCAUAAUCCACAGUCUACUGACAGUUAAGUGGGGUCCUACUCUAUACCUUUGCUUAAUACAAGUAUGACGGUAUAGGCGAAAUUCGAAGUGAUGCCAAAACUACGGGUUCGAAUUUUAUGCCGUUUCAAAAAUCAUAUGACUUCGCUCGACAACACAAAUGCUACCGGUUCUCUUUCAUUUCUGUAGGGCAAACCAUAUCGCCUUAACCCUUUCUACAUAGACUACCCAGUUGUGAGACUUACAAUCUAACUCCAUAAAGUAUUUACGACAUUUGAGUAGCCAAUCCAGGCAUGUCACAUCGGCGGGCUCACAGACGUCAAACGCCACCAGUAAUCCUUCCAAAGAUCUUGUCUACUGUUCUGUCUAGACGGCAAGUAAGGACUGGAGGGGGGGGGGGUAACUUUAAGGAUAAAUUAUUUCUAUUUCAAUUGAAAACGACUUGCUUUAGUUGCAAGUUAAAGUUUGAGAUAAUCCGGGAUUGAGGGGUUUAACUUACAACCUGGAAACCAUACUCCCCAUGCAGACGCUUAGGUACUUGCUCAUAGAUAAAGUCGCAGGCGCGUUUCCCUGGUGCCGUGCGUUGUCUUUGCUGCGGACAACUGGACUGGUAGGUAGGCACAACUAGUUUUUUUACAAAAAUGGAAGAACUCGCUGUUCCUCUGCACAAAGAUAGCAAAUUGAAAACCUAUUUUGAAGCUAACUGAAGCUUUCUUUUGGCAUGAGACCUCUGUAGGCUUUAUUUGCUCUUGGACGUAGAAGUUGAAGUGUGGAUUGUCGGAGAAUCUGAGAUGGACAUUUCUUCCCUAUUUUCGAGUUUCCAUCGGUUGUACAGAACCUAGACAAGACUCAAAUGCUUUACGUUCUAUAGUUGAUAUGUGAAUGCUUAUUCGACAUGAUCAGAGUAGCGUGUUGCCAAGCUUUGUGGCCACCAUUAUAUUCCCGGAAACCACACGGUCGAAGUUCCCCAUGACCGGAUAAUUGGCAAAUAGCCGGAUUUUUGUUAUUUAUGUUCUGAAAUUGAUUCAGAGGUGUUUUGACAGAUUUUGAAUAACUCACUUUGACCCAACCGUGCAAAACUCGGUUCCUCAGUGGGAUUCGUACUCACGACAGCAAAUGGAGGCUUUAGUACAGCCAAGCCUCUAACAAUCUGAGUUACGGGAUCCCAUCAGAUGAAGCGAGUUUAAUUACAUUUGGGUCAAGUUAACCCGCCCAACCAAACGUGAGCAUGGUAGUCGUCUGAUGGAUUACAGAUGUAUUACUUAGGAAAUCCUGUCUGGGCACUCAGCCUACUGUAUCAGAUUUGGUGGAUUCCAGACGUUGCAGUAGGUUGGGCCGGUGAACUUGACCCAAAUGUGAUUAAAAUCGCGUCGUGUGGUGGAGCCUCGUAGUUCAAGUGGCUAAGGCGUUGGCUGUGCUAAAGCCUCACCUUGCUGUCGUGAAUUCGAAUUCCACCGAGGCAUCAAGUUUUUCGCAGCUAGGUCAGAGUGAAUUCUGAAAUUAAUUAUUUGAAGAUGAACAGCUUGAAUGGCUUCAAAUUAGAACCCAGAUUCUACAUGUUUUUUCUGUUUUUUUUCACACUUUUUAUGCAAACGUCUUUACUACCUCUACAACCUCAAAAUUACCAGCGAUUUUUAGACUUCACCUCUUUCAGACUGAGAACAAGUUUUUUUUAAAAAAGAAAGAUCACCCCUGAUAUGCUUCAGUGCUUUAAAUAUCAGACUAACCAACUACAGCUCUUUGAGACACGAAUGUCAAAGUUUCGCUUGAAGCAAGGUUAAGGACAGUAAACUUGUAAGACGAGUAUCUAACCCUCACAGUCUUGAAGAGAUCAAACCUUCUUCGCUAGCACUCCGGAUAAAAAAAGUUGUUGUAUCGAUGUGAGGCAUUCAGUAGACGGAACUUCUCUGCCCUCCAACAACACUACCUCACGGAAGUAAGAAGAAUUUUAACAAGGCUCAAAGGGAGCAAAAACAUGUCUUCAUAAAGUCAUACCUCGAAAACUGACGACGUCCUAAGUCCUACGUCGUUUAUCAGCCUAGCCUGGUUCCCGGUUAUUGUGUGAAAGGAAUGUUUUUAACUGUUAAAGUAGCUUGAGCUAUUGUUGCCACCUGAGUGAGAAUCUGUUUCAUUGCACCUACUUAUAGUAGUUAUCCAAUCAAAAGCCUUAGAGUACUUUAACCAUUAGAACUGGUUGUAGUUAGUUCCCUGUAAAAAGCAUCACAAACUGCACAACUAUCCGCACAAUUCUAGUGUCUUGAUUUCCAUCGCUCAAGGUUUCACUGCACAAGGCCGUUCUGGCACCCACUAACUCCGCCGAGGUGGCUGAAGAGAAUCUAGAUCCAGAACAAGCGGACCAGGAGAUCGCGAGUGAGGACACCACCGUGGCCCCGACAGAAAAACCGGUGAACACUGCACAGGUGAAGGAACUGGUAUGUGGAGGAAGCCUCCUUACGCCCUCCUGGGUCUUGACUGCGGCUCACUGUCUGAAGCCCAUCGUCAAAUCGACCCCGGUUCCGCUUGGACGACCAUUCAGCCUGCAUGACCUGGCCAGUGGUUUUGGUCUGGUGGCUCGUGUGGGAUCCCCCACCGAGGACUCGGAAAUGAGCAAGGAGUAUAUGGUUGCGUCUGCGAUCAUUCAUCCCGAAUGGCGACCACGAGCCCUUGAUGGUGGUUAUGAUGUUGCUCUGCUCCAACUGGUUUCACCAAUAUCGCCCGGUGAGCACUGCUAAGUCUGCCAAAAAUCAAAUCUCCAAAGUUGGGUGUCAUGCUCACGCUCUUCAGUUAUUUCCUCCGGCCAUUUUCUGCGUUGACUAUAUGCAGCAGCUGGCGAACCUCUUGAAAUGUUAACUAAAAUUCUUAAAUUGGUUUCCCGUUAGAGAAGAGUACUUAGGCAAUGCCAUACUAUUAAUUAUCGUGCCGCACAGUCCCAGAGUAUUUCUGUCAUUACAGGACGAUGGUUUUUGAAUGUGCAUCAUCCUGGCAGCAAACAAUCAUUUAAGUAGCGUGAUUUUUUCCUCAAUUUUCAAUGCCUAUGUAGAUUAACAAAUAUAUUUCAUAGAAGAGUGUGCACAAUGUCCAUUUUAUGCUCACCCUCUUUAAUUUAUCUACUGAAAGAAGCGAUUUCACCAGGUUCUCAAUUCUCAAGUAAUUUUGAACCCGAUUUGUUGCUGUGUUUGUGUUAACGCUCUCCAGGCCACAAGUUGUUCACUUUCUGCUUAAGGAAAAACAUACAUUUUCUCCCCAUUACUAGGAAGAUGCCAUAUGAGACUCGCUAAUUUUGCAGUUGAUGUGGACCGUAUGCAUACUUCUGAGGGUGCAUUAAUAAACCGACGAAUACGAUGCUAUUCUAAUGGACGCUUGGCGAUCUGGAAAAACUUCGUAAACACACAAAAACAUCCACAUUCUAAACCGAAAGCUACCAUUUUUGAGUAAAAAGUUUAAAGAAAAUGUGAUUUUACGUCAAAUGAGUAGAUAAAAGUGUAUUUUUACAAAUGCCUGCAUUAAAACAUAUUCGAAUGCACAAAGACACCAGAAAUCAUCCGAAAAGACUAUGUAACUUAAGUGAUCAUUUGUCACCGAGUUUAGUUUCUACAAGCAGCCGGGAGGAGGUUCAUUUAAAAGCCGACACCUUGGAGUGGUAGCUACGUGAUUCCCAGUAUUACAUCCCCGCCCCCAAGUAACCCUUUCUAAUCGAAAAAAUAUCUUAUGGAAUACGCCGCCUGCUGUCGGUGGGGUAUGAGUCAUAGGAUCAUGGCAAUGGUCUUUUUGUGAAUAACAUAUAGUAUAGCAUCGAUCCCUUCCGUCAUCGGGGGGACAGGCGAGGGAAACUGCUCCUUGUCACAACCAAAAGCAUCUGGUUUCAGGCGGAUAGUUGAUCUGCACACAAGAUGAUAAGCACGGAGUUUAAAACGAAGUAAACUUUAAGCCUGGUUGCAAUACACCCUAUACAAUUUUACCUAGGAAAGCGGUUUCUGACGUUAAUUAGUUACGUGACUUCGUUUAGCCCUGCAACUUCAGGUGAUCGCCUAAAGACCAAAACAUUGAUGUGAAGCAGUCAUCUACUAAUUUGUCACGCCAGUACGCUCCCCGUCUUUCCUGCUCUGCCUCAGAUCUCCACUCUUACCACGUCCUUCAUUUGCAGAUGAGGUAGGCGUGGACACGAUCUGUCUUGCGGAUGUCAAUGCUACCCUCAACGCCUCCAGUGAGUGCUACGUGGUUGGCCAGAAAAGCAGGCCGAUGCCGCGUCCUUGGGGGGUGCGACUGCUGGACGACUUCUUCGGUUUCGGUUUCCACCACUUUCCAUUCGUCUACCGCCCACCUCAGGAGGGCCAUCACAGCAGCAGCAGCAGCAGUGGUGGCAGAAGCGACAGCUCCAAGUCUGCGGGUCUGCAGGAGGCUCGGUUGAUACCUUCGUCACUGCGGAAAUGCGUCCGGUGCUCACCCGCUCUUAGUGAUGAGCUGCAUAUCUGUGCCGGCAAACGAGGCAAGGUGAGCACUGGUACUACUGAUCAAGACAAGGGAGACUGCAAUGGCCAUUUCUGGUUUAUUAGCCAUCGUCAGUCAGUCAUACCCCACCCCAAAGUGUGAAACACCUGGAGCUCGAUCCCGCGACCUGUUAGUUCGAAGUCCACUGAGUUACGGGCUCGUUGUCCUGUCGGUUACGAUCAGGAAUAUACAAUGGUAGAGGGGCGCUCGCCGGUCGUUUCUACGGAGCUCACUCGUCCCGUUGUGCCUUACGGGUCCUCUUGAACCUAUAUCAUGCGCCGCUGUGCGGCUGCUGGUUGGGCUCAAGAGAGAGCCUGCAGGCCACAACUCGACGAGUGAGUUCCGUAGAAACGAUCGGUGAGUGUCCUUCUACCAAGACGAGCACUUUCUGCCGUGACCACCAUGUCCUAGAGACAUUGCAGCCUUCGUUCCCGACUGUGUCCACCAUGUGUUCCACGACAACCUGAGAGCAGGGACUGUGACAUGCGUUCGAUUUGCUUUGCAACGAUAUUCGAAUAACGCUGCACCUAACGCCCUUUGUUCUCCUCCCUAACGUGGGCCCGGUACCAUGACAGAGUCAUGAAGACCGGGGUCGAGAGAGGUCUCAGGUAGCCGACACGGCGCAAACCCGCACCUAGGCGUACCACUACACCUCUUGGUCCACAAAGAACACUUGACCAGGACUUUAGACGACAGCAGAUAUGAUGACGGGGGGGGUGACACGGACCCCAAUUGGUCCGACUUGAGCCUGCAACUGCGCUCGCCACCACUUCCCGAAUGUUGGCAUUUGUUAUGGGUGCGCAGUCUCGACAACCCCUGUUGGACUCCGGUCUAGCCCCUCUGUUGGUUCAGCCCAUUCGCCGCAUGGGGCGUUGCCCCUACGCGCCAUAUGCGCACCAGAUCGGGGUGCGGUGCGCAUUAAUGGACUGCGCACCCAUAACAGACGCCAUACGCGCGUAUGGGGGGGUUGUUGCGCCACACGAAGGCGCAGACCCACACCGCGUCAGCCAUCGGCAUUCGAUCCCGUCUUCGGUCUUCUUGACUGUCUUGCGAGUGGGAUCGGUUGAGUGACCGAGAAGAGUGGCGGUAAAGGCACUGCCAAUCUACGCUCAUUGUAAACCGAGAUUCUGAAGUAUGUGCUUGCGAUUGAAGAGAGUUGCCUUAGGUGGGACUGUAAAAUCGAUUAUCAUGCAGCGUAAUCCUAAGAUCUGUCCGUCACGCCAGAAUGCUGGCUUUUAAAAGUGUGUCUCUUAAGCCGCCCAUGUCCACUCGAAAAUUGUAUGAACCCUAUGUAGUGUUUUCCUAAAAUCAUGGAGUAAUAUAUAAUUUUACUCAUAUGGAUAUUACGCAGCUUGCAGACUGUAAACCCCGAAAUGUAAAUGUAACGGCAGAGCAGACCCAAAAUUAAUCGGGAAUUUAAAGUUUCAUAGAUACCUAAAUACAGCCGGCAUGAUGCGUCGUUAAAUGAGCUCAAGAACGCGUGUUCUGAAGUAUGUUUUAUAUAAAAUAUAUUCGAAUAUAUAACGGCACCAAAAACGGAUGGGAAAUGAAAGUUACUUAGAUUGUUGUUUUUUACCGAAUACGGUUUUCACAUCCUGGCUUGAUGAAAAUAUACCCUGGGAUUAUUACGCACGAUAAUCAAUAUUGCAAACUCGCAUAAGUAAUUCUUCAGAAUCGAAGGCACAUUUCAGAAUUUUGCCAAACAGUUAACAAGAUUAGUCACUGACUGUAUGCAUGCACCGGACUGUAUGUCCGUCACUAUCGUUGAUGACCAUAGCUGUCUUGUUGUGGUUUAUCUUGAGUGUUUAACUGCCCGGAGAUUUUAAAGCAUCUUAAAGUGACCGCACGCGUCUACGCGCAUAUUUAGGCUUGCCCGGGAGUGAUGGUCUGGGCAAGGCUGAGGACUAAGUUCUUAAUCUGGUUAAGUUAAAUGUGGCAGGGAUCAAAUAAUUCGGAAAAAGCUUUUCAGGAAACGGGAUUGUCACUGUAAUUAACAUUGUAGAUAGCAAAACAACCUCUCAGAAAUGGUUCCCAAACACUUCCCAAAAGAUAAUUCGGAGUUCUUGUCAAAAAACUUAGAAAUUGGAACCACGCUCCUCCACCCUGCUCCGGAGACUUUUUGCUGAUUUGCCGGGAGAUAGGGUUUAGUGUUUGGGUUAGGGCCAGGAUUAAGGUAGGAUUCAUUUAUAUUCAACAAUACUCAAGACUGGUUAAUUUCACCCUACGGCAGAAUCCUGACAGGUUACACCAACUUCAGUAAUUAACAUAUCUGGCUUUUUUCAAGGAAAACUCCCUCAGUGGCCUUUUCAUUAAACAGAAGCAAACUCUUACGCAUUUCUUCUUUAUUAAUUCCUCCAAGGCAACCUGUCCUGGUGAUAAUGGAGGCGGGCUUUACUGUCGCGAUUGCAAAACUGAUCGAUGGUCUAUCUAUGGAAUUCUUGGAGAUUACUCCAGUCGACGGUGCUCUGAGACUUACAGUCUUUUCAGUUCAAUUUCCAGCGUCUCCGAAUGGAUCCACCAACAGAUCCAGUGA